CGUCGCAAAGUCAACUGCCCAGACGUAUUGCCCAGACGUAUGUUGCACACUGCAGCUAGCAAAUACAUGCCUGCAUCUUUAGUUUAGUGUAACGUGGUCGGUCAUUGAAAGCGGUCUCGGUGAGGAACAUUUGAAAGCAACAUUUAUGCCUACCAAUGGACUUCGCCUUCAUCUCCUGUAAUUGAAAAGAGAGAAAAGGCAAAAGAUUCCCAGAAGAGUCUGUGCUACCAUGGCAAAUAAACAGAAGGUAUCUGGCUCAGGGAUGGAUAGAGAUUCAGGUUUCUCAGAUUGCAGUUCUGGAUAUCUCAGCGCAGUGGACCAGACAGAGUUUGAGGAUAUGGGGUCUAGUACAGCAUCUACACGAAGCAUGCAGUCAGCUCCACAGCUACCUCAGGUGCCUGGGGCUUACCAAGGUGUCUCUCCCAUGAUCGUAAUGAACAAUAUCGUUCUCAAGCAGUCCAAUUCUGAGACACCAGCAAUAAAACCUUGGGGUUUCAACUCAUCGCUGGAAGUAAUUCCUCAGUCACCAGUGGUUCUUCUCCAGCCAGUAGUACCAAAUGGCAGUCGUGCCUCUCAGAAAUAUACCAACCAGAAAAGACAAUCCAGAAAUUACAUUCCCAUCCUAAACUCUUUUCUGAAAAUUGCCCCGCACCCUGCCCAUGGGCCCAGAGAGGUUGGCCCAAGCGCUUUCCAUAGGAGCAAUUCAGGCCACAGCCAUGGAGGAAAGUAUCGACGGCAUCGCCAUAACGAUAAGCAGUCUCGGUGUCUUUCUUUGAAGCAGAGCAUCUUUGAAACUGCCAUUGCUGACAGUAAUUCUGUUGAUCCCCAUAGCUACAGUCAUAGAGUUGGCAGUAUGGAUCUGGAAAACUCUUUGACAAAGUAUCCUAGCUUUAUAGAGCCCAGUGCCACAGCCAGUCAAUUCUCUGUCUGCACUGAAAGCUAUCCUUCUGCUUUACCUGAGGAGAGCCCUAAAACAACGUUGGAUUCCAGCAAUGAUGCAGAGGGCUCUCCGGUGGCACUCUCUCCAAGCUCCAGUAAGCACAAGCGCUUCUGCAACACGUACAACAUUUUGAACUGCUCAGGGCUGCUUGGGAUUACACUGCGCACAAAGGAACUCAUUCGUCAGAACAAGCGCUCCCAGGCCCAGCUCCAGAAGCUGCGGGCCCAUACACAUCUCUUCCUGGAGGCCGUGAGCAGCGGAGAUCCCCAGGUGUGGGCCAGGCUGCAGCUCGCCCUCCAGAACCCUUCUUCGGAGGACCCAAAGGAGGACAUGGUGGGGAGCGCACUGUUUUGAGCAUCGGCAAAUGUUGUCCAGGAUUUGUCUUUAAUCUGCCCUCAGUUAGGCCAAACAUUUUCAAGCAUAACCAUAUAAAACCUUUAAAGACUACAGGGCAGGGGAGGGUGUGGAGUGCAUUCUGGUAUAGAUGGUGCAUUUGUCCCACUUCCAAACCUGUCCCAUCUCUAGUCCAGGGUCUCUUGCAGUGAGGCAGGACGGCCUGUCUUCCUCAGUCGUGUGUCUGCUUGGCUGGUAGUCCAAUACUUGGAGUCCAGGGGCACUGAGAUGCUCAUGAAUAAUGUGGCUAGUCAUUAGAAUAGUCAGCUCAUCUCCUUGACUGAGAAUGGCUGACCGUUUUUCUUUGCUAUGUUUAGCAGCCCCAGACUGUGUCUUACUUGUUUCUCUUGUUCUAUAUUCAUAUUUGUUAUUUCAUGUUAGGCUAUUUUUCUCCUAAUAUUCAUAGUAAAUACUGGUCUUAUGGACUGUAAGUGUUACCAUUAUCCUUGAUCAUCUCUGAGAACAGAAUAGAUAGAAACAAAUAUAUAAUGUGUUUUCCUUUUAGAAAGUCUAUACUGCCUUAGACAUACAAUUUCUGGUGGUUGUGUUACUGCGCAUCUGAAAUAACAGAUGCUUUCAAAUGGUUAAAUGGUGUUUAGACACCAUAAUUUCAGUGUCUCUAGCAAAAAAUAUUGGUGUUUGAUGAUAGUUUGAUGACCAGGUGACCCCAUCCUCCCCUUUUCUCCCGUGCCUACAGAACAAACGUCUUCAACAGUUUCCACACGUUCCUUUCAAUGAUGGAGAAUCUGUCAGUCACUGAGAACAAAAAUGUCUAGAUGGGCCUAUAUGGGUAAAUGCCUUUAUCACAUUCUGCAGUGUAUUUACUAUGGCUCAUGGGUGAAGUGUGAAUUGCAAGUGGGCCGUAUUGGUACAUGAUGGUAUAGUAAAGGACUUAUGUGUAGUCUGUCAAUAUCAUUAAUAUAUUACAAAGAAUAGACAGUAGUGCUUUUGUCCUGUUGAUAACUGACUUUGUAAAUAGACAAGUUAUUCAUACCUUUUUAUUAUUGUGUCUCAACAGAAUUGGCACAUUUUCAAAACGGAUCGUAAGGCCUGUUUUGUAAAUAUUUAAAGAAUAAAUGUUGUCAAUCUGUAUACUGGUUUUCAAUGUACCAUUUGGCACCAAGGCAUGCAUUGCAUUAUGCAUUAUUAUACUUUACUAAACUACAUUAUAUCUUACUAAAGUAGAUUAUUUAUUAAUAUAUCAUAUAGCAGUGUCAGCAAAUUUACAAGUUUACUUACGUGAUUUAUAAUAACAUACAGUUUAAGUUUUGAGGUCGCAGUUCAACCUCUUAGACUUCAACGAUUCAUUUAGGUAAAUUGCAUCACCAUGUACAUCUCACUGUGUAGAUAUGGAGUAUACUUAAUAAAGAUUAUGUUAAAAUGUC